AACCAACGGGCCUUCAAAGAAUAAAGUCCCACUUUGACAAAUCAACCAUGUUUCAGGCCUUUUGGUCUAUGGGCCUAAACCCACAAAAACAUCAACCAAUUCCCAAGCACUGCUCCCACUCGUGCUGAUUCAAAUGGAGAAAGAUGAAAGCUUGACUGACACCUUUUUUUAAAAGUCGCCUCUUUUAUUUUUUGACACUGCAAGAACUUGGUUUGCUUUGAAGCUAAAUUUAGGGUUUUCAGGGUUUCUAUUUCUGUUUUUGAUCCUUUUUUUUUUUUGUUGGGAUUAAAAAGUUCAAAGCUUGAAAUGGACGGGGAGGAGUUGACAGAGCAGGAGACUGCUCUUUAUGAUCGCCAAAUUAGGGUUUGGGGUGCUGAUGCUCAAAGAAGACUAAGUAAAUCUCAUAUACUAGUCUAUGGAAUGAAAGGGACUGUUGCUGAGUUUUGCAAGAACAUUGUAUUGGCAGGAGUUGGUAGUGUGACAUUGGUGGAUGACCGGGUAGUUGCUGAGGAAGCUUUGUCUGCGAAUUUCUUGAUACUGCCUGAUAAAAAUCAGUACCAGGGGAAAACUCUUGCUGAGGUCUGUUGUGAUUCUUUGAAAGAAUUCAACCACAUGGUUCAUGUAUCUGUAGAAAAAGGUGAUAUAUCAACAUUUGGUGUUGAAUUCUUUGAAAAGUUUGAUACUGUGGUCAUUAGUUGCUGCUCUCUUGCAAAAAAGAAAUUGAUCAAUCAGAAGUGCCGGAAGUUAUCAAAGCGUGUAGCAUUUUAUACAGUUGACUGUAGAGGUUCUUGUGGUGAAAUAUUUGUUGAUUUACAGGACUAUAAAUAUUCUAAGAAAAAACUGGAGGAAACCAUUGAAUGCCAACUAGAAUACCCAAGCUUUGAGGAAGCCAUUUCGGUACCUUGGAGAGCACUUCCGAGAAGAGUGUCAAAGCUUUACUUUGCUAUGAGAGUGAUAGAGCUAUUCGAAGAUGUUGAAGAUCGUAAUCCAGGAGAAACCUCAAUUGCUGAUCUUCCUGGUAUUUUGAAGCUUAGAAAGGAACUUUGUGAAACAAAUUCACUGAGUGAGUCUCAAGUACCUGAUGCACUCCUAGAAAGACUUCUAAUAGGUACAAGGGAGUUCCCUCCAGUUUGUGCCAUCAUUGGAGGCAUCCUUGGACAGGAGGUGAUUAAAGCAAUAUCAGGCAAAGGGGACCCACUCAAGAAUUUCUUCUUCUUCGAUGCCAUGGAUGGGAAAGGCUUGAUAGAGGACAUAUCAGAGCCUAACACCGGAAGCCAAGCAGCUUUGAUCAACGAUGACAUGUAAAAUCGUAACUUAGGCGUGUUAACUUUUGGCCUCCUUCACUGGCUAUUGCUAUUAAGGGGAAGUUAGCUUGCUGUUGAAGCUAUUAUAGGAUGGCAAACAAUUAACUGUUGACAUUGUUGCCUAAAACUGAAACCCCGGAAAACUUGGAACUUUUAAUCUUCCUUAAAAGAAUUUGGACCCAACACUGUUGCUAAUGAAUCAUGAUAUAUAGAAUUGAAUGUUGGGGGGCCUUUUUAUUCG